UUUAACGAAACGCCAAAGUCCAGAGUGUGUUUGGCUUCAAAAUGGACCUGAAGGAGCUGGCUGUGAACGUGCUGGGCCAGAAUAAGAAAGCGGCUCUUCUGAUCGGCGGAGCUGGCGUUGCUGUUCUGGGAUUUGGUCUUGGCUAUAAAUAUCUGCGUAAGCCAGAAAAAGUUGUUCGUGUAGGCGUAGUGUCGAAGCUCCUCAUUCACCCUCUGAAGUCUGGCAAAGCUGUGUCGGUGGCCGUCGCAGAAUGCCAGAAAGUCGGUCUGAAGUUUGGAGAGCUGCAGGAUCGACACUGGCUGGUGAUCACAGAAGAUGGUCACAUGGUGACGGGCAGACAGGAGCCCCGUCUGGUGCUGGUGUCCCUGACCUGCGAGGGAGGUCGUGUUUGUCUGAGCGGCCCGGACAUGGAGGAGCUGCGAUUCCCCAUCAAACAGUCCGACCGUCCCGUCAUCGACUGCAGAGUGUUUGGAAAUGACAUUCAGGGACGAGACUGCGGCGACGAAGCCUCUCGCUGGCUCUCUCGUUAUCUCGGGGCAGAGAAAACCUUUCGCUUGGUGCACUUUGAACCUCACAUGAAGGGCAGGAGGCCGGUGGAGCAAGAGCCUCUUUUCCCACAAUUCGAGGUGGCCUAUCCAGAUGUUGCACCUGUGAUGCUGCUGUCCGAGCCUUCUGUCAAAGAUCUCAGCAGCAAGUUGGAGAAGGAUGUGACAGUGGAGCGUUUCCGCCCCAGCAUCAUCAUAAGUGACUGCGAAGCAUUCGAGGAGGAUUCAUGGGAAGAGCUCCAGAUCGGCAGCGUGAGACUGCAGCGUGUAAUGUCAUGUGGACGAUGCAUUUUCACCACAGUUGACCCUGAAACGGGUGUAAUCUCCAGAAAAGAGCCUCUGGAAACACUGAAAAGCUACCGUCUGUGCAAACCAUCCGAGAGGCACAUCUACAAAUCGGCUCCGUUGUUUGGACAGCUGCACACCGUGAAGAAGACCGGCAUCCUGCACGUCGGCGAUGAGGUGUACAAGAUCAGCCGCUGACUGGGACACUCGGAGGGAAAAACACGCCGCCGAAUAUUUAGUCACUUUUCUUAAUGGGACGGGAAAAUUCUUUAUUAUUAGCACUAUUAGGGUAUGAUCGCUGUGUUUGUAUGCACUAAGAAAGCAAUGAAAUAGAUGUGCUAUACAUAAAUAGUGACGGAAUAGAUCACCAGAAAUGCGACAAAAAAAAAAACAUAAACAUAUAACAAUCACUGUUUUUUGAAAUGGAGCUGUGAUU